AUGCCUGAACAGUAUGUCGUCCUCGGAGCAGGAGUCGUUGGGCUUUCCACGGCCCUAGAACUGAAACGUCGAGUUCCGGCAGCCCACGUCAUCAUCGCGGCGAAACAUUUCCCUGGGGAUCGGAGCGUCGAUUACUGCUCACCAUGGGCUGGAGCGAAUUGGAUGUCAACUGCUACUGACAAUGGAGUUCAGGAAGAGUGGGAUGCCGAAACCUACCGCCGCUUUGGUGUCCUUGCCGACACCGUCCCCGAGGCAGCCAUCACACGGAUGGAUCUCAACGCUAUCUUUGACCGCCCAAUAGAGCAGGCAGAAGUGCUCAGUCAAGUCACUGGCAAGAUUUGGUAUGAUAAAAUCACAGGUGGCAUUCGCCCUAUACCACGGGAUAAUCUCCCAGAAGGUGCUUGCUUCGGGUUGGUCAUGUCUACUUUCAGUGUCAAUACACAAGGAUAUCUCGCUUGGCUGUCUACCCAGUGCCUUCAAGCUGGCAUCGAAAUGCGGAGGGCUCAUUUCGACGACAUCCGUCACGCUUUCCGGGACAUUCCCUCGGAUGCAUAUUUCAACUGCACUGGGCUGGGAUCUUAUCACCUCAAAGGAGUUGAAGACAAGAGUCUCUACCCAACUAGGGGCCAGACGAUACUUGUGGAGACACCCAAAACGCCCAUGAAAGCCAUGUACUUUCGCUCUCCGAGGCGGGUGGACAAUGACACCACGUAUGUGUUCCCGCGCUACCCUACCGGUGGUGUCGUUCUGGGUGGAUGCCGUUUGGAUAAUGACUGGAGCGGUGAGGUGGAUGAGACCCUCGCAGACGACAUCAUGCGACGCUGCUGCGCACUGGCCCCAGAGCUCGGGAAGCCUGACGAUCUCAAGGUCAUAUAUCAUGCCGUCGGUCUGAGGCCAGAAUAG